CAACAACAAUAACAACAACAACACCAUCAUCACCAUCACUACUACUACUACUACAGAGCAGGACCGUAACACUGAGAGUUACAGAGUGAACGACUUGACUAACAUCGAGGCUUCACGACACGCAGAAGCUAUCUGCAAGUAAAGAAGACAUGGUCCAGAAGUAUUCGAAGCCUCCAAGCUUCAGAAAGGAACAGGAGGAACUCUGGAGUGAAGAUGAAGGAAAACCACAGUCACCACAGCUUCGUCAAAGCCAAAGAGAUGAGAGCACAGAAGUGGACCUUCUACCCAGAGACUUGACUGAAUCCAGAACAGUGAAAACAGAUCCUAAUGGAGAGGACUGUGGAGGAUCACAACCAGCCAGAGACCUGGGUCCAUGCACUCAUUUCCAGCCACAUACUGACUAUGUGCUGCAGCAGUGUGUGAGUAAAGAAGAAAUGCUCCCUCAACAACAGGACCUGAAUCUAAUUGUUGACCAGAAGGACAUUAAAGAGGAAAAAGAACAACUCUGGUUACAUCUGGAGGGACAGCAGCUUCAUCCGCUGGAAGAGGCUGAUGGCACAAAGUUACCUUUAAUUGUUGUUCUUGUGAAGAGUGAAAAUCGUGAAGAAAAACCACAGUCAUCACAGAUUCAUCAACCCCGAACUGAGGAGGCAGAGCCUCAUGAUGGUAACUCAACUGCACAUAAAACAGUGUCAGCAAAAGCUGAUGGAGGGGACUACAGAGAACCACAACCAGGCAGUAGCAUGAGUCCAUACAGUUGUUUACAACAAGAUAUUAAAGGUAGCCAUUCAGGCAUUUGUGAAAGACAGACCAAGGAUAAUUGUGAAGGGAAGCACAGCGGAGAGCUUUGUUCAGGUUUUACUUCAUUAAAAAACAAUGAUAUCUCCGUUGGCGACCACAGAGGUAAUUCCUCUGAUUUUGGAAAAGCAUCGGGUCACUACCUCUCAAACCAAUACAGGAGAAUUCAAGCACCUGAGAAAUGUGGUGGCUCUCCUGACUGGGACCAAAAGUGGAGACAGAAGGAUAAUCUGAUCAUAAAGAGAAGUCAUGCAGAAUGGAAAAUGUUUGGCUGCUUUGGAUGUGGGAAAAGAUUCAGAGAAAAAAGUAUACUGAACAGACAUAUCAGAAUUCAUACAGGGGAGACACCAUUCGGCUGUUCUGAGUGUGGAAAAAUGUUUCGAGACAAAAGUAAUUUGAAGAUGCAUAUGAGAAUUCAUACAGGGGAGAAACCAUUUACGUGUUCUCAGUGUGGAAAAAUGUUUAGAGACAAAAGUAAUUUGAAUGUGCACAUGGGAAUCCACACAGGAGACAAACCAUUUGUGUGUUCUGAGUGUGGUAAUAGAUUUAGAAAAAAAACUUUUUUGAACAGACACAUGAGAAUUCACACGGGACACAAACCAUUUGUUUGUUCAGAGUGCAAUAAAAGAUUUACACAAAAACACCAUUUGGACAGACACAUGAGAAGUCAUACAGGGGAGAAACCAUUUAGCUGCACAGUGUGUGGUAAAAGCUUUCAAGAUAAAAACAGUUUGAACAAACACAUAAGUAGUCAUACAGGAAAGAAACCAUUUUUCUGUUCUGAGUGUGGGAAAAACUUUCGAAACAAAAGCAAUCUGAAAAUACACCUGAGAGGUCAUGCAGGAGAGAAACCAUUUGGCUGUUCUGAGUGUGGAAAAAGGUUUAGAGAUAAAAGCAAACUGAACAUACACAUGAGAAUUCAUACGGGGGAAAAACCAUUUGGUUGUACUGAUUGUGGAAAAAGAUUUCGAGACAAAAGCAAUCUGAACAGCCACUUGAGUAUUCACACUGGUGAGAAACCUUUUGGCUGUUCUGAGUGUGGAAAAAGGUUUAGAGAUAAAAGCAGUCUCACCAGGCACAUGAGUAUUCACAUGGAAGAGAAACCUUUUAGUUGUUUUCAAUGUGGUAAAUGCUUUCAAGAUAAAAACAAUUUAAACAAACAUAGUAUAAUGCAUACAAAAGGGAAACCACAUGGCUGUUCUGAGUGUAGUAAAAGAUUUAGAAGAAAAGGCGAUUUGAACACACACAUAAGAAUUCACUUGGGAGACAAGCCAUUUGUUUGUUCUGAAUGUAGUAAAAGAUUUGGAGUGAAAGCCCAUUUGAACACCCAUAUGAGAAUUCACACGGGAGAAAAACCAUAUGUCUGUGCUGAGUGCAGUAAAACCUUUAGAGAAAAAGCCUAUUUGAAGAGGCACCUGAAAAUUCAUACAUGUGAGAAAUCAUUUAGAUGCUUUCAAUGUGGUAAAAGCUUUAAAGACAAUACUAAUUUGAAAAAACACACAAUAAUGCACAUAGGAGAGAAACCAUAUGGCUGUUCUGAGUGUAGUAAAACAUUUAAACGAAAGGGUGAUUUGAACACCCACAUAAGAAUUCACACAGGAGAGAAACAAUUUGCCUGCUCUGAGUGUAGUAAAAGAUUUCGGAAACAAAACCUUUUGAACAGACAUAUGAGAAUUCACACGGGAGACAAACCAUUUGUCUGUUCUGCAUGCUGUAAAAGAUUUAGAGAAAAACACCAUUUGGACAGACACUUGAGAAUUCAUAUUAGUGGUGGGCGGUUGGGUGGGUGGGUGAGACUGAUGGAAUGAUUCAGCUGCCUUAAGUGUGGUAAGCUAACUGCACACAAGUCACACGGCAGAAACCAGUUGGCUGUGGUAAAACAUUUGGAGAUACAAAAACAUGACAAUACAUACAGUGCCCGCAGUGUUUAGUGUGCUUCUCAACUUCUCAAUUGCCUUGUAGCUUUUCUGCCAGUACUUUUUAUGACAUGUUUUUGGAAAAUGGGAUUUCUCUGUCUGUCUCUUUCAUAUUUGAUGUUCUUAAAAAAUGUACAGAUGUUAAUGAUGUUUCAUUGUGAAUAAGGCUGUAUAAAGGUGAAAUCAGUCACAAGGUUGUACACCCUCAAAGAAUACAUCGAAAAAAUUGUUUUUAAACCUACAACAGCCUUAGGAAUUUAGGGUUGUUGUUAAAGUAUUACUUUGCAGCCUGUUUCAGGAUUUUCUUUCACCAAAACAUCAAGUCUAGGCUUGCAGCUCAGAUGUACCUUCUACCAAAUUGUUGCUGAACUUUCGUGUCUUCUUUUGUAAGAAAACCUUCCUCUGAACACUUCAUCAUGAAUCUGUAUAACAAUCUGCACAAUUUCUUAAAUCUCAGCCAGAGCAGCCUAUAACCUCUGGGGUGUCUGGUGGCUUUCCUCACUCUUCUCCUUCUUGCAAUUACUCAGUUUUUGAAAACUAUCCACUCCAUACAGAUUUAGCAUAGAGUGCCAUACUGCUUGUAUUUCUUAAUAA